AUGAAAGUUAAUUUUGAAUUGAAUCCUAAUAAUUGUGUGACUUUUUAUGAGAGACAAUAAUAAAAAAAUUUAACAGAUUAUUGUAUUUCAGAGGAUCAAGCAAACAUCUUUGCUAUUUAUUAUCCUAGGAUUAUUAUAGGAUGGAGAACGAAAGAUCUUGUUAAAUUUUACAAUAAGAUAUCUGUAUUGAAUGAAUUAUCUAUUAUCAGCACAAAAAAUAAUUAUAUUUGCGUAGCUAGUUAUAAGUCAUCUACUGUGGUUGUCAUGAAUACAUAACAAGAAAAAGAAGUGAUUAGUUUAAGGCAUAAAAACUCCAAAAUAAAAUACAUCACCUUUAGUCAGGAUUCUUAAUAUUUAUUUACCAUAAAUUCAGAGAGAACUUUAGCAAUUUGGGAUUUCAAAAGUGAAGAGCUAUUAACUUCAAUAAACUUAGAAUAAGAUUUUAGAUAUUUUUUAAUCAAUCAACUUUCUCUGGAAACUAUUAUUAGAUUGUUUACUAGAGGAUAGAGAAUUAGUAAAAGGCUGAAUUAAGAUUAGAAAAAGGAUUAAUAAAAACAAAGUUCAUAGAUUUGUAUAUGUGAUCAUUUAUUUAUGGAAAUUGAAAAAAAUGCAUCGAUUAAUUUAAUUUCUUAACAUACAUAGAAGAUAAUUAGGAAAAAGAGAGAUCUGAUGGGACUUUCUAGUGUAAAUUUUAUAAACAAUAAUAAAUUAUUCUAUAUUAUAUUUGAAAAUGGUAAUAUACUUGUAUUUCAAACAUCCACCAUGAGGAUAAUGGGUACGGUAACAAAUAUUUAUAAUUAUUCUGAUAUAAUAGUAAAUGGGUUUAAAAAUAAAAUAGCAAUUUUAGGAAAUAGUUUAUUUGGAUUAAAACUGUGGAUAAUACAAUGA